GCGGCAGAACCCGGAUCCCGGAUUUCCACGUUCUCCGGAGCCGGGCUCCUGGAGACGGCGGGUGGGAAAACCCGGCGCCCGGAAGCCUUUGCUUUCUUUGACGCAAGGGCUCGGGACGCAGCGGCCGUCGGCCGAGCGCCCGGCGAGGAGCGACACCAGACGGAGACUUCGGAGUCCCUCCGCCCCCACCUCGCCCGGCCCCGGAGCCUCGGUCCUCCUCGCCGCCCUCCUCGUGGCCAUGGAGUGUCCGCACCUCAGCUCCAGCGUCUGCAUCGUUCCGGACUCAGCCAAGUUCCCCAACGGCUCCCCGUCGUCCUGGUGCUGCAGCGUGUGCCGGUCCAACAAAAGCCCCUGGGUCUGUUUGACUUGUUCGAGUGUCCACUGUGGAAGGUAUGUGAAUGGCCAUGCAAAAAAACAUUAUGAAGAUGCACAAACACCCUUAACCAACCAUAAGAAAUCAGAAAAGCAAGAUAAAGUUCAGCACACAGUGUGUAUGGAUUGCAGUAGCUAUAGUACAUACUGUUAUCGCUGUGAUGAUUUUGUGGUUAAUGACACCAAGCUGGGAUUGGUACAGAAAGUCAGAGAACACUUACAGAACUUGGAAAAUUCAGCUUUCACAGCUGACAGACAUAGAAAAAGAAAACUUUUGGAAAACUCAUCACUAAACAGCAAGUUAUUAAAAGUAAAUGGAAGCACCACUGCCAUUUGUGCCACAGGCCUUCGGAAUUUGGGGAACACGUGUUUCAUGAAUGCCAUCCUUCAGUCACUCAGUAACAUUGAGCAGUUUUGCUGUUAUUUCAAAGAACUGCCCGCUGUGGAGUUAAGGAAUGGGAAAACAGCAGGAAGGCGAACAUACCACACCAGGAGCCAAGGGGAUAACAAUGUGUCUUUGGUGGAAGAGUUUAGAAAGACACUCUGUGCUUUAUGGCAAGGUAGCCAGACUGCAUUUAGCCCAGAGUCCUUAUUUUAUGUUGUUUGGAAGAUUAUGCCAAAUUUUAGGGGUUAUCAGCAGCAGGACGCCCAUGAAUUCAUGCGCUACCUUUUGGACCACCUGCACUUGGAACUCCAAGGCGGUUUCAAUGGUGUUUCCCGCUCAGCAGUUCUGCAGGAGAAUUCUGCUCUGUCUGCAAGUAACAAAUGUUGCAUAAAUGGAGCAUCUACGGUUGUCACGGCUAUAUUUGGAGGCAUUCUCCAAAAUGAGGUUAACUGCCUCAUAUGUGGGACAGAAUCUAGAAAGUUUGAUCCAUUCCUAGAUCUUUCAUUAGAUAUUCCAAGUCAGUUCAGAAAUAAGCGCUCUAAGAAUCAAGAAAAUGGACCAGUUUGUUCAUUACGAGAUUGUCUUCGAAGUUUUACCGAUUUAGAAGAACUUGAUGAGACAGAGUUAUAUAUGUGCCACAAAUGCAAAAAGAAACAAAAGUCCACUAAAAAGUUUUGGAUUCAAAAACUACCCAAGGUGCUAUGCUUACAUUUGAAAAGGUUUCAUUGGACAGCGUAUUUAAGAAACAAAGUUGAUACCUAUGUAGAAUUUCCACUGAGAGGCCUAGACAUGAAAUGCUACUUACUAGAGCCUGAGAACAGUGGCCCAGAGAACUGCCUUUACGACCUCGCUGCUGUGGUGGUGCACCAUGGUUCCGGGGUCGGUUCUGGACAUUACACAGCAUACGCAACUCACGAAGGUCGCUGGUUCCAUUUCAAUGACAGUACUGUAACACUGACUGAUGAAGACACCGUUGUGAAGGCAAAGGCCUACAUCUUGUUUUAUGUGGAACGCCAGGCCAAAGCUGGAUCAGAUAAACUUUAAUACCUCCUUUAAAUCUUUAUUUGUCAACUAUACCGGACAAACAUUUCCAAUUCUCCAUAAAUACUUGAUCCAAGAUUUAAUUUCAUUAUGCACUUUUCAAUGUCCUAUUUUGGGUUUAGUUUUAUUUUGUCAAUGGUAGUGACUUAUUGAAGAUGGGCACCAACUAAUUUUUUUUUUUAGUUCUACCAGAAAACCUCAGCAGAUAUUUUGAUUUGCUGCUUUAGUUGUAAUAAUUCAGUUUUUAUAUGUAGUUUCAAGAACUUAGUUCUAUUUGACUUUUUUAUAUUAAUGUCUUCAGUUCUCACUUUGAGGCACAUUUACAUCAUUGCUUUGUUACUCUCACAUGCUGAAAGCAAGAUACGUUCCUGAGUGUGAAGAGCAACGUACUGCCUGCUGCCUUUCCACAGCUAUCAUGGAGAUCAGGCUGACUCUAAAUCAAGGAUCAUGUGUGCACGUAAUUUGUGGCCCACAAGAUUUCAGCGACUGCUCAGUAAUCAUUCUUUUUGCUUGUCAAAGGUAACGGAGAGGGCGUCCUAAGUAGACCAGGUAAUUGCUGCUCUUGGUAUCUCUCAAGGUUGCUGUUUAUCAGCACUAAGUAAAUAAAUUUGUUGGGUCAGUUGUACCUGUACUGCAAAU